AGUUCUUCUCCGUCUCACGUUCUCUUCCCUCUCCCCUCUCUCUCUCUCUCUCUCUCUCUCUCUCUCUCCUCUCUAAACCACUCGAAGCUAGGGUUUCGCCAAGGUGAUCUCGCUCCCCCCGGCCAUGGAGGAGGCCCCGAGGAAGACGAAACCGGAGGAGGAAUCCUCUCCUACAGAGGAUGGAUCGCCUCUCGCACCGGAGCCGAAGAGGCAGCGGAUCUCCGGCGAGGAGGAUGACGGCGGCGGCGCCGGAGGAGGAGGAGGAGGAGGGGCGGAGGAGGAGGAGGAUAUGCAAUGGGAAGCUACGGCUCCUAAUGCGACUAAGGAUUUCACUGCAGUUAAAGCAAUAGAGCAAAAUUUGAAAACAAACAGCGAACAUCUUGCCCUGCUUGAAGCAAAUUUUGGGCCAGCCAAGGAUUACAAAAAGUUCAUCUCUGCACUCAAUAAGGGCAACCAAGAUGUUUUACGUGGUUUGAGUCAAUUGAUUGAGAAUUGCGAGAUGAUGCUGGAUGGCUUGAUUGAUGAAGAACCAGUUAAUUCCUCAUUACCUGAUGAUGCAGAGGUUGACUCACCCAACAACGGUCAAUAACAAGCUGCUGCAGUCUGAGAAGAAAUGGGGAUCUGUAGAUACACAGCCACUUUGCGUAAAUACCAACAAAAGUGGUGUAAAAGCCUCAAUACCAAAUACCGAUUUUCCUUUCAACUCUAUAAUUAGUCAAUUACGUCUUACAUAAUAUGAGUUACAUCAUGGUUCGCAGAUUUGAGGGUUUUUUUUUCUUUUCUUAAUGUGUAGUAGCAUCUAAACUUGAGAAAGAUUAGUGAUACAGAGCAAGUGCUCCGUAAGUAGCUAUCAAAAAUUGUACAGGAAGAAGAGAAACAAAAUUUACACAGGCCGGCUGGUUUCUUUCUUUCUUUC